UCUGUCACGGGCAACAAAGUGUCGCUCAAAUGAAUCAAAAACCAAAGUGGGUGUCGACCGCGUUAAUAUACCACCGGUCAACCUUAGCUCCUACAUUAUUGAUCCCUUGCCCAUUAAGUCAUUUUCAAGGGAUUCUCUUUAAAUCGCAGCUUUGGUUUUUUAACUCAAUAACUAUUCCUGAAAAUUGUUAUUUUCCUCACCCAGACGGGGAUAGCUUCAUGUUUUCUUAAGAACUAGUUAGUAGAAGUAUGAAGGAUAAAAGCCGUGGUUUGGGAUGGAUGUUAGUUGUAGCGGUUUUCUGUGGCGUUUCCUCAAGACCUUCUCCCGAGGGGACCAUCACACAGACUGGUGAGCCUUCACAUUUUCAAGUCGAUGACAAAGCCGCAGAAAUAGAGGUCAAUGCUAACCCUGCCGGCGUCAAAGUCAAUGCUAAACCAGCGUCUUUACAAGUCGUGGCCAAGCCAGGUGCUCCUGCAAUACCGAUAUUCCAUCCCUCAAUACAACUAGCGCCGCAUUACUCCCAGCCGCCAAUUGUGCACCGCCAGCCGGCAAUGUCUUACUUAGGGCCGCAAUAUCCGUUUUCGCCUUUUGGCGGAUUUGACUCCGGGCUCCGUAGAAAUCAGCUUGCGAAGCCAAGUUCUUAUAGAACUGAAAACCAAAAGAGGUGGUAUUUACAGCCGGUAUCAUCUUCAAAUCAAAGGAAUCCAGGAGCGAGUCGGCAAGGGUUUGUUAAUCAGAAACAGUGGCUGCAAAACUCAAGGCCUUUUGUGCGAACUGGAGUGCCUUAUACACCCGCGUAUGGUAGAAUGGACGGAGUAGCGAAUACUAAUAAUAGAGCUGUUAAUAACCCUUGGAGCAAUAGGAGAGUUGUGAUACCGCACGCUAGCCCUAUGAUGCUGCCAAAAUAUGCAAGCAGUAUUCAGAGAGGUAAAGUAGCUAACAUCCGCAACGUGAUACCUAUUGCUGCUGGAAAUAACAACAAGAGAAGUGAAAUAGCACGAGCCCCAACCGGACUGCCUGUUUACCCCGGCUAUGCUAAACGCCAAGAGAUUCCACAUGUACAUGCGCAUGAAAAAACAGGAGGAACACCUUUAAAGAGCAAUUUCAAAUCAGGAAUCCCAAGACCCAAUAAUCACCAUACGAACAGCCGCAAAAGACAAUUUAUUCAAAGUGUACCACAGGGCUACCAUACCCAAGAUCUAGUUGGACUUUAUGGAGGAUAUGGGUUUUCCCCGCGAUAUCCAUCCUUGAGCCCAUACGGAGCCUUGCCCUCGAGGUCGAGGAUGCUACAGAGGGCGCCGUUGGCAAGAGGACUCAUUCCUGGGUUUGCAGGAUUUCAGGAUGGUGGUCUCGGGGGGUUAGCCGGCUAUGGUGGUCCACAGGGGGGUGGCUUCGGGGGACUGUCAGGAUAUGGUGGUUCCCAGGGGAGUAGCCUAGGGGGCUUGGCUGGUUUAACAGGGGGUAGUCUUGGGGGUCUUUCAGGCUAUGGCGGUGUCUCCCCGUCGCUUUCUUCUUUAGCCUCAAAGAUCGGUCUUAGUUCAAUAACAGGAUACAACGAACCUUCCAACACAAAUCCACUAUCCUACCCCCAACAAUACAGCCCCUUGGGUCUCUCCUCAGUCGGAGGAUACAGUCAGGGUGGGACGGGCGGACUUAUAAGCCCAUUCGGCGAUCAGGGAUUGCAGGGUCUCGGGGCACUCGGCGGCUCAUCGGAGACUUCUCGAGGCUACACUCGCUCAUUUGUUAGCAACCCGUACUCCGCGCUCGCCGGACUGGGUCUCAAUCCCAGUGCCCUCUCGUCCAGUGACCAGUCGCCUUUGAGCAGUUUGUACAGCGGUCUUCUAGGACUGAAGCCAUUACAGAGUAACAAAAUGUCGCUGGCGCAGAUGUACGGGGGCAGUCCUAUGACGUCACUUGGUGGAUAUCAAGGGAUGGUUACCCAGCAGUCGCCGUACGCGUCGCCCUACAUGGGGCUUGGGCUGGAUGGUAUGCGGAAGAAGUCCAAGGUUCCAGGAUCGAAGGACAAGAAGAAGAGCAAGGUACCAGAGCCAUCCAAGCGAACCAAGCGCCAACUUCUCCUUCCCGCUGAAGACCAAGGUGGUCUGGACCUUGGCGCAUUACAGGGCUUGCAGGAUGAUCUCAUCAACCAAUACAAACGAGAGCUGAUCCUCGGAAACUCCCUCCAGCCUAACCCGGCGAGUCCGAUAGCAGACCUGCCUGUCCAGCAGCCCUUCAUGUUACCCCAACUGCAAGGUCUGGAACAGUCCCUCGCGUCAACACAGCAAUCGUCUAAUCCCCUUCUCCAAAGAUUAAACUUAGGUGCGCUGAAUGCCAACUACAUUUCUCCUUUGGAUAAUCCAAGAAUGAUGACGUCACCACAGUUGCCUCAACAACGAAUGACGUCACCAUUUAUGCAGGAGCGGUUACCCAUGCUGCGUUCUUCAUAUGUUUCCCCACCCAUACGGCCUCGCUUCUCUUCUUUGAGAACCGCGCCGCCUUUAGCCCGUGGUGGUAUCGGUCAGCAAGGCACGUUUGAAGAUACGGCAAACGUAAGCCCCGAAUAUUUCAAAGAAGACUAUAGAAGUCCAGUGGAAUUCGAGCAUCCACACUAUAGACGGAAACCGCACAGGCACCCACUAUUCCGGAGACGCCUUCAUCGGCCACGUGACUAUGACGACGACGAAGAAGAAGACGAAGAGGGAGACGAGGACGACGCGAGCUAUUACCGAGAGCCUUACGGACACGAAAGUGUCUCGGUAGAUGGAUCGUACAGCGAUAAAGAGGUCCCGAGCAACCGAGGUGAGACGUUGGUCGACUCGGAUGACCUCGGCUUCGGUCCGAUAACUGUCGAAGCCAAUACGGCAGAGGGCGCUCGUAGGUCCCACAAUCACGAUAUUAGCCGAAGUCGCAUCGCGAAGCCGAGCACAGAGCGAAAGAUGAGAGACAGACAUAAUGACAUUCCAUCAAGACCCCUUGAGACUUAAGUUAGUGGGUCGUUAAAGCAUAUAGAACUUGUGGAUAGUAGCAUAGUAUUAUAUAUUGGAGUUGAUGGUAUAAUAGGGGAUCCUGCUUUGAUCACAGCGGCGUAGCCAGGAUUUUUGACAAGAGGGGGCCCAAAAAGGACUUUCAAGGCAUUUUCUCCUGUAUUUUAGAUAAUGUCUCAUACAUUUACUGUAUUUUUGGCUUCUAAAAGGUGGGGGGGGGAGGGGCGGGCCCCCUAGUUACGCCCUUGGCUACGCCUCUGGAUGAUGUUAUCAUUUCAGUCCUCAUCAAUGUAAUAAUUUCACGCACUCAAUAGUUUACGAGUGGCACCACUAACUGAAUUCGAAGUCACGAUUAACUGCCGAAAGUUACAAACUUAAUCACGACUAAGUACCGGGUGCUUCUCAUAAAGAGUCCGAUAUAUUCCGAUUUUCAAAUCGCAUCGGAAGGAGCUGAUCUAACUAAAGUUUCUUGAAAAAGUUAUGUUUAAUUAUUUUUAGUUUUUGACAGGUUAUUUUAGAGAUCCGAGCAAUACUUGGCCAAAAAUAUUUUUACUGAAAAUGUUGACACCAUAAAUCUUUUCUUUGGUAGUAUUUUGAAGGUCCUUAUGAAAGAAAUGAGCAGUAUGUGUCCGACGUCAAAAAAUAUGGAGCAAAUCAACGUCAAAGUCUUCUUGAGUGAUGCAGAAAUUAUGUUGGUUAAAGAAAUUUAAGGAUAAAUGAAAUGUUCUGGUAAAGUUUUUACGGGAUAAAAUCAAUGUCAAAGUCUCCUAAAGUGAUGCAGAAAUUGUCUUGGUAAAGAACUUUAAGGAUAAAUGAAAUGUUCUGGUUAAGUUUUUACUUGGGAUUCAAUCAAAAUUUGUCAUUGAACGAAGCACUAACACUGCUUAUUCGAUAAAUUCAUACCUUUCAAAAUACACCAAAGCCAAAUGAUUGUGUUUCUUACUUUUGAUGGCUACUCGCUCUAAAAUUGCUUGAAGUAAAAACAAUCUUAGAUUUCUUUUUCUAGUUCUAGCACGUCAACAUCGACGGACCAUUUGAUGUAUGCGGGUUCGUUAAUUUCUUCAAAAAAAGUUCGACCAAGGAAAACUAAGCUAAAACUAGAGCAAGGUUUCAAGAAAUUGAAAUAAAGAAAACGAGCAGAGUACAAAAAAUAUGCACAGAUCUCCGUAUGAAAUGGUGCAUGUACGAAUAACGGUGAGACCCUUUCAUGUAACAGGUACUUGUGACGAGGCAUCGAGCAGAGUACAAAAAAUAUGCACAGAUCUCCGUAUGAAAUGGUGCAUGUACGAAUAACGGUGAGACCCUUUCAUGUAACAGGUACUUGUGACGAGGCAUAGGUCCAGUAUCUCAGUAUUAUAUUUGAAGUGAUAUGUGUGAAUUAUGUAUAAUUUGAAAAACCCACAAAUAUACUAAACAGCCGAAAUAUUUUUGUUUUAUAUUUAUUUUCCCUUAAAUGCUGGACGGGAUCUGUCAUUUGAGCUCACCGUCACCUCUUUUUUUUUUACAUAUUUCGUGGGCAUUUUUGAAACUCGCUGCCUGGUUCUGCAUUAACUCUGUACACUUUUGUCUACAGAAUCAUUUUUUCUUGUUAUAGACUAAAUUGUCGAUUAUGAACUUUUCCAUAAACAAUAAGCAGUUCUAGGGCAAUCUAUAAACAAAUUUAUCGUUGCUUUGAAUAACGUUUUCCGAGUUUGUAUAUUUUGCACUGUCAUUAAGUACCUCUAUGUGCGUAAAAUUGAUUAUUUAAAAGCAUGGUCUAUAAUUGAAAUACCGCGUGCGUUAACUAUGAUAUUCCCCUGGGAUCACACAGCAAACAAGUAGUUCAAAGAUAUGCUUGACUAGGAACAAGUCAUUAGCACAUUGUAUAGCCCGUUACCAUAACAAAGUUAGCACUCUAGUGUUGUCCAGUACUCGGGCUAGGGUGACCAAGCACCUCCUUUAGAAGAAGCCUUCCAUGUACACAAGUCGUAUAGAUUUGGUGGACAAGUUUACUUCUUUUGGGUACUUUGUUUUAAAGCUUUGACGUCACUGAGAUCUACAGAAAGCUUGAGACUAAGUUUACAGUCGUCAACUCUAUAUCUACAUGAACAGGAUUCUUGUAAAGUCAGUAACAUUGAGAGACGGCAGGACCUGGUCUUGAAAAUAUUUUGUUUGGUAAGUUAUUGUAAUUUAAAGCCUGUCUCAAGUAUCCCUAAGUCUGACAUCGCGAUGAGAACAGGAUAUCAUUAUAAAUGAUCGUCUCUUUUGACUCGAGCAGAGUGCUUGGGAAGUAUUGACAUAAGCAAGGUCAAGAUUUCAGCGAUAUAAAAAGCGGGUGAAUUCGGGUCCUGUAUCACUCGAGUAUUGGCCUUAUUCCAGUUCGUACUUGUACGUUGCUGGCGUUUAUGCGGUUAUGGCAAGACACACGGACAUUGGACAGAAAAUUUGAAUCGGAAGUUGAAAUAAUGAAGGACUGAGAACAUUCAACAGGCAACAAUCAUAUCAGAAACAAACUGUGAAGUUUUUUGUCUUAUCCUUGAUAUGAUAAACAAACUACGAAUUCAAGGACAUCAAAGCCAAAGUGGCAGGAAACAUUAGAG